CAUGAUUCGAGAGAGUUCCUUGGAACUUGCUAUCGCGCAUGCACUGCAUGCGCUCAUCGUUGCUGUUUCUUACGCUGCACCGCCUCCAGCGCUGGUGCAACCCCAAGUUGUUGCUGGACGCUGGAGCUGCAGAGAAGAGGAAAGCAACUGGGAUGUUCAUGACCAAUGGGGAGCUAUGCUGCGGACUCCCAGACUUUUACUCAAGUUCUAUUCGGACCCAGAAAUUAAUUCUUCGUGCAAGGAAGCUAAUUAUGUCGGUAUUUAUCAUUUAUCAAGCAAAAGUGCCGAAUUGUCAAGAACAUUCCAAGGCAACAACUCGUGGCACGUGCUACUCUCAAAAAGCAAUCCUGAUGUUCAGAGCGUCUUUGAAUUAGGGCCCAAGUGGACCGUGAGUCAUAAGAUGCAGCUGUCAGAUCCAACCAGAUGAAACGACCUCUUCAUGUUUUGGAGCCAAAACAACACUUCGGCAUUUUGGAAGAUUUGCUUUGAAGUUUGAUGGGAGAUCCGAUGCUAGUUCUUUUUGAGAGGUUUGAUAGAGUCUUCCAGGCAGCUGCGAUUGGUGUGUCUUAAGGUCUACGUCUUGAGACAAGCUGUGAGGGUGAACGUCACGUCAGUUUCAUUUUUUGUUUUGCUUCAAUAGCCCAGGAGGGGUAGGCCGCUAUAGGAAGAGGUAAGCUAGUAGCUAUUAGGUAGGCCGCUCCUAGGUAGGUUGCAGGAUAACUCACGCUUCCUUGAAGAAGCGCUCGCACCAAUCAUUUAGUUCUUAGAUGUUUAGGAAAGCAUCCCAACAAGAAGCAUGGAAUCCUCACUCAGCAACAACCGCAUCGACAUCACAUGUUCGGACGUUCUCGACCCCACAGCCACGGAAGUGUUGUUACUUCGGUUCAUUUUUCAACAGAUUUGUCCGACUGCAAAACAGAGAAGCCACCUGUUGGUGGAAUGGAAGUGUUUUCCGAUGUUUCCACAAUGAGGCAUGUUCAGUCGUCUGUUCCCAGAGACCCAAUCGAAUGCUUAGGAGCAAGGGCGCUACUAGUAACAAAAGGGCAUCACUACUGGCCGUACUACUAGGAGCAAGGACGCUACUAGUAACUUAUAUUUUGAGAAGUUCGGAUGCCAGCCACAUCUAGACCAUUUCGUUGGCGAGCUGCCUCGGAACCUGCUGGUUCUCAACCAGAUCCCGCGCAGGCAGGUGCAGGGUCAUUGAAAUUGCAUUGUCGAACUACUGUAGGUCCAAUCCACUGGUUUGAUGUCCCACUCACCCUAAGUGGACAGGCGGACAGUGUUUUACUCACGAUGUGAGAAUGAACCACUACAGUACAAUCUCAGCAUUGUCAAACUGUGUAAGACUCGGUUGUGAGAGGUCUACGCGAAGCUCACCUUUUGCGAAGGGAGCGUGUGAUGCAAUCCCUGUCUUCAGUAGACGCUGAAGCAGUCAUGAAGCUGUAGCCCUCAAUGCCUUCUUCCGGCAAUCCUCCAGCUUGGCAUACACAUCGCCAAAAACCCCCUUGAUGAGUGUGCCUUAUGCCAUGGCUGAGAUGUCACCUUGAGUGGUCGAGUUGGGGUGCUUGCAUUCUGCAAAGCGAUUGGCCAUCCUGAUCCUGAUCCAAUGAAACCGCUAAUCCUGAUCCUUCGCCGGCAGAAAUCUAAAAUGAUCAAAUGUGCACUCGGAUGUUUCUUGCCCUCUUGAACAGGUGACCUGCAAAGUGCUCGUACCCGACAAGUGGCAAGAUUCGAUGCAUUCUUUGUUGCAGAGUUGGCGAUGGGCCAAAGGGG